CAGACCUCACAGGUGAUCUAAAUGUGUCUUUUUUUGCUUUGUGUCAGGCUCUCAGGCUGUAUGAUCACAGAGGAAGGCUGUUCUUCCCUGGCCUCAGCUCUGAGCUCCAACCCCUCCCACCUGAGAGAGCUGGACCUGAGCUACAACCAUCUGGGAGACUCAACAGUCAAGCUGCUUUCUGCUGGACUGAAGGAUCCACAAUGGGGUCUAGACACACUGAGGGUGGAGCCUAAUGGAGUCAAAUGGUUGAGGCCAGGUCUGAAGAAGUAUUCCUGUGAUCUCAUGGUCGACACAAACACCGUAAACAGAAGGAUCCAACUGUCUGACAAUAAAAGGAAGUUUACAUUUGUGGAGAAGAAUCAGUCUUACCCUGAUCAUCCAGACAGGUUUGAUGAGUGGCCUCAGCUGCUGUGUAGAGAUGGUCUGACUAGUCGCUGUUACUGGGAGGUGGAGUGGAGAGGUCAUGUUGAUAUAACGGUGAGUUACAGAGGAAUCAGGAGGAGGGGUGGAAGUGUUGACUGUGUGUUUGGAAGGAACCAUCAGUCCUGGAGACUGAGUAUCUCUGACGGUGCUUACACUGUCUAUCACAAUGACACAGUGACCUCCAUCUCCCCCUCAUCCUCCUCUGUCUGUAACAGAGUAGCAGUGUAUGUGGACUGUCCUGCUGGCUCUCUGUCCUUCUACAGAGUCUCCUCUGACACAUUGAUCCACCUCCACACCUUCAACACCACCUUCACUGAACCUCUUUAUCCUGGGUUUGGGUUUGGCUUCUGGUUUAGGUCUAGUUCGUCAGUGUCGCUCUGUUCCCUGCAGGAGAAACAUUCUCAAUGCUGAACAAUUGAAUCUGAGCAGGAUAAAGUUACAUAAAUGUUGAAGGAUCAGCUCAACAGAUGAGUCCAAAGUAAUAUCCACCUUAUGACAUCACACAUUGACCUUUGUUACUGUUCCUUUGAGCUGUUUGACAUCAGUUUGUGAUCCCUAACCACUUCCUGUUUCUGUGCUUAAGUUAAUGACCUAACCUACGAUCCUCUGUGAGUUCCUUAUUUUCCAAAAUAUUCAAACUGAAAAGAUUCUUCAUAACAUAAAAAACAUUUUCUACUUCCAGUCGUGUACAGGUCACAUAUGACACUAAUAUGUGUCUCGAGUCUGUCUACAAACCCCCCAAUGAUGUGAAAAGUCCAUCCUCUCAGUCUUUAGCC